AUGUUCUUCACAGCCUAUCACGUCUCGGGUGGGGGGAGGGUUGGUUAUCCGAGCGAUGAGGCUAUUCUCCCAUUCGAAGGAUUCACCGCUAUUUUUAUUGUACCGAACACGGUUGAUUCGAGCACACUGGUGGAAUUCAAUCUGGAAGAAGGGGCUUGUGAAUUGCAAGUUCUUUGCAAAAAAAGUGUGUGCACGAUGAGUCUUUCCAUGAGUCAUACACCACUGUACGAACUGCCGAUUCACGAUAUCCCAUCUGGUGGUGUGCACGAAUUUAUGGAACGUGGGAAUACGGACGAGUCGAAUGUGUUCAUUUUGAUCGCUCAUCCGGUUCGAAAAGUGGAGGACAAAUGGAAACAGUUUAUCAGUGUGUAUCGAAGAAUGCAUCGAGUGACAGACGGGGAUGCGGAAAUCGAUCGAAAUUUGUUGUAUCGUCGAUGUGGUGGAAAUAGUAUCAGCACAUCCAUGACCGUGAACGAUUCCAUGAUCAAGGUGAGCAGUGCAAAAAUUGUUUUCAUUUUUUAA